AUGAAUCAGUCAAGGAAGAAUACAGACAGCAUCACGCCUGCUCAAAAACACCUUCAAGCAGCCUCGGAUCUGCUCUUGUCGACAUCACCGCACAUAUCGGCUUUCCUAGCGUCACAGCUUCAACAGUCCAAGUCACCAUCAUCGUCGCAUACAGAAGAAGACUUGAACAAGUGUCGCGCAUGUGGGCAUGCCCUACUUCCCGGAUGGUCCUGUACCGUAUCUAAAAGAAGGCUUCCUGAAACUCCCUCGAAAAAGUCUAAGACCAAGUCGAAAGUCGCAAAAGAGCCUGCUAUAAUUCAACACACGUACAUCGACUACAAGUGUAACCUAUGCCACAGUAGUAACACAGCAAAGUCGGAUACACAGGCGCCAGCCAGACGCUCUAAAUCAUCCCUGUCGUCUGUUCAGAGCAAGCCUGCCGCUGCUCCAGCACCAGUUCAGUCAAGUGCCACGACUACCAGCAAGUCGGCCGCAGCAACAACAACAAGUACACCAAGUCCUGCCCCUUCAACAGCAGUCUCAUCAUCCUCUGAACAAGCUCGUGCUGGAGCAGACAAGAAGCGAAAUCGCAAGCAGAAACUUGGUGGUCUACAAGCCAUGCUGGCAAAGUCAAAAGCUCCGGCUUCAGCACCAAAAGCCUUUGACUUUAUGGAUUUCAUGAAGACCAACUGA